AUGUUUUCCGAACUGCGACAGUUUCCAAGAAUGCAAGUUGUAUAUUAUCCAAACUGUCGCCUUCCGCCGCACGUGGACCGCUCGUACGGCGCGUACCUGAACAAAGUGCGUGCUGUUCAAAACGUUCCUGCUCCGGAGUUGGGAGGGAAGGACCGGUUUAAGUUCUCUGCAGCCCCAAAAAAGCUGCUGGCGAUCAAAAGUACGAGUCCCGAUUUCCAUCCGCCCACGCCGAUGAUGACCACUGGACCCACGAAACCUAGGAACAGAGGGACACAGAGCGUGUAUCGGGAGUCUUCAGCUCAGACGACCCCCUGGCAGCCGGAUGCAAGGCCGGCGGAGAGAUGUGAGACGACCCCAGAAGUUAUGUAUUUGGACAAGUUAGAGUGGGGUCCUGGAUGUCCAUACCGUUUGGGCGAUUUGCCUGCGGACUUUCAUACUACGGAAAUUAUAAAUAAG